AUGGGUUAUUUGGAAUGGCUGGACAUAUGCAUCAUUGUUGCUUAUUUUGUGGCCAUUCUUUCAGUUGGACUACUGGCAACUUACUAUGCAAACAAAAACAGUUCGCUCGGAUUUUUCUUGGCCGGCAAGUCAAUGACAUUUAUCCCAUUAGCGGGUUCCAUAUUUGCCAGCAACAUGGGGGCUCCGAACGUGGUGGGUCUCAGCGGGUCAGCUGCUGCUUCAGGGUUUGCUCCCGUCAUGUUUGAGUGGCAAGCAAUAAUUGCACUGAUUGCUCUUGGUUGGAUAUUUGCUCCCAUUUAUUUAGCAUCAGGGACGUACACGAUGCCAGAAUUCCUUCAGAAGAGAUUCGGAGGAGCGAGGCUGAGAAUCUGCUGCUCGAUCGCCCAACUUCUCAUCGGAGUCAUCACCGGUAUAUCGAUGGAGAUUUAUGCAGCCAGUAUUUUCCUGCACAAACUUUUGGGAUGGAAUGUUUAUUUGUCGACAGUAAUAAUUCUCGUAAUCACCGCCGUUUAUACCAUUGGAGGAGGCCUAACAGCUGUUAUAUACACAGACACGUUGCAAGCGGUCAUUCUUGUCGUUGGAACCGCUGUUGUCAGUGUUAAAGCUCUGAUGGAAGUAGGAGGGUACAACUCUAUGUUGGAACAAUUUCAAAAAGCAGCUUCCAAUAUGACAUACGUAGAACAUCAACUCUACAACAACCUCUCUUGUGGUUUUCCACCUGCCGAUUCAUUCCACGUUUUCAGAAGCACCGAAUCUGACUUCCCAUGGCCUGGUGUUGUCUUUGGAAUGAUACCCCUGGCUAUUUAUUGCUGGUGCACUCAACAGGUGAUCGUGCAACGAAAUUUAUCAGCGAAAACAGUUAUCCACAGCAAAGUGGGAUGUUUGUUGGCUGGGUACCUGAAGAUCCUUCCAUUCUUCCUCUUCAUUAUUCCUGGCAUGAUAAGUAGAAUUCUGUAUCCCGACGAUGUUGCCUGUUCUUCUCCGGAAAUAUGCCAAGAAAAAUGUGGGAACCCAGCUGGAUGCACUAACAUCGCCUACCCAAUGCUGGUUUUGAACAUUCUGCCAAAAGGAGUCAAAGGUCUGAUGUUGGCGGCUCUCCUGUCGGCACUGAUGAGUUCAUUAACAUCGUACUACAACAGCGGUUCCUCGCUGUUCACACUGGACAUCUAUUCACAUUUCAGAAAGAAAGCAUCUGAACAUGAAAAAGUUUUGGUCGGACGAUUGUUCGGUCUCUUUUUAGUGUGCUUGAGUGUAGCUUGGCUGCCCAUUCUGCAGUCUGUACAAGGAAGUCAGCUCUGGAAUUACUCACAAGCUGUUUAUUCAUGCUUGACUCCUCCUUGGACGGUUGUAUACAUGUUAGGAGUAUUCUGGUCUCGUGCAACUGAACAGGGUGCCUGGUGGGGGCUGAUAGUUGGACUGGUCGUUGGCUUCAUAAGAAUGGUUCUCGAUUUCAGUUAUAAAACUGCUUACUGCGGUAGUUCUGAAGUAGUUGAGAGACCAGGUAUUCUAGAAAAAGUUCACUAUUUGCUGUUUGCCGUCAUUCUGUGCGUCAUCACGUUCAUAGUCAUGGUAGUAGUUUCUUUGUUAACGAAAAGACAAUCACCGAAAGAGCUAGAAAGAGUCACAUGGUGGACAAGGAAGAGUAAACUCUCACCUAACUCGACAGAUAGCAGAACUCAGGAAACCGAAAUUGAGAUAAGCUUUGUUGAACAAAAUGAUACAAAUAAUAAUAGUCUGAUAAAUACGGCCAAUGAAAAUAGAGAUGCUAUCACGGCUUCUAUUGAAAAAGAAUCUUCAACGUCGGUUGUUGUUAAGAAGCAUUCCUUGCCAUGGAGGGUGUACGCUUUCAUGUGUGGAGCGACAUUGGAAGAUGACGAGAAGAUAAUCUCGGAAGAAGAAAAAAUGAAAGUUUACAGAGAGAUGACGAACAUCAAUGAAGAUCCCUUCUGGUCCCGUGUUUGUGAUAUCAAUGCACUUAUUUUAUUGGCCAUACUCUUCUUUUUGUUUGGGUUUUUCAGCUGA